AUGCCGCUGCAGGACGACACCCUCCGAGAGGUGUGGGCCUCGGACAGCGGACAUGAAGAGGAAGGCCAGAGCCCCGAGGUCCAGCAGCGCCCCAAGCAGCGACCCGCCAAGGGGCACAAGUUGAAGAAGAAGACGGAGGCUCCCGAGUCCCCGGGCCCUAAGGGAUCCAAGCCCCGGAGACCUGGCGCCGGGCGGAGGGGGAAGCCGCGGGAGGAGCAGGCUUCGCAGCCGCCGGAGGCCCGGCCGCCGCACACGGUCUACGCCAAGUUCCUCAGGGACCCUGAGGCCAAGCGCGACCCGCGGGAAACCUUCCUGGUAGCGCGAGCCCCGGACGCAGUGGACGAGGAUGAAGAGGAAUCCAAGGAGGACCACGAAGAGGAAGAGGAGGCAGAGGCAAAGAAAGAGAAAAUCCCUCUGCCACCCAAGAAGGUUCCUAAAGAGAAGACUUCUGCCGGGGUCAAGGAGAGGAAGGCUAAGGCCCAGGUUCAGAAGGGGGACUCCGGAAGCCCUGUCGCCCCAGCCAAACCUCUGCGCAUCAAGAAGAAGGAGGCGCCAGCGGGGGAGGGGCCCAAGAUGAGAAAGACGAAGAAGGAAGGGUCUGGGGAGGCUGACAAGGACCCCUCAGGGAGCCCGGCCAAGGUGAGAAAGAAGACUCCAGCGGCCAUGUUUCUGGUUGGGGAAGAAGCGCCAGCUGAGAAAACUCCGAAGAAGAAAGGCACUUCCAAAGGCCCAGAAGAGCAGAGGAAGGAGGACCAGGAGGAGGAGGAAGUGGCAGCCGUGGGGAUGAAGAACAGCAACCAGAAGGGCAAAGCGAAAGGAAAAGGCAAAAAGAAGGCGAAGGAGGAGAGAGCCCCAUCCCCACCCAUAGAAGUGGAUGAACCCCAGGAGUUUGUGCUCCGGCCUGCCCCUCAGCACCGGACAGUGCGCUGCAGGCUGACCCGGGACAAGAAAGGCAUGGAUCGGGGCUUGUAUCCCUCCUACUUCCUGCACCUGGACACAGAGAAGAAGGUGUUCCUCCUGGCCGGCAGGAAGCGGAAACGUAGCAAGACGGCCAAUUACCUCAUCUCCAGCGACCCCACCAAUCUGUCCCGAGGAGGGGAGAAUUUCAUUGGGAAGCUGAGGUCCAAUCUCCUGGGCAACCGCUUUACCGUCUUUGACAACGGGCAGAACCCGCACCGUGGAGGAGGCAGCACUAACGUGGGGAGCCUUCGGCAGGAACUGGCAGCUGUGAUCUAUGAAACCAACGUGCUGGGCUUCCGGGGUCCCCGGCGCAUGACGGUCAUCAUUCCUGGCAUGAAUAUGGACAACGAGAGGGUCCCCAUCCGGCCGCGAAAUGCCAGCGAUGGGUUGCUGGUGCGCUGGCAGAACAAAACACUGGAAAGCCUCAUCGAGCUGCACAACAAGCCACCUGUUUGGAACGAAGACAGCGGCUCCUACACCCUCAACUUCCAAGGUCGAGUCACACAAGCUUCAGUCAAGAACUUCCAAAUAGUCCACGCCGAUGACCCCGACUACAUCGUACUGCAGUUCGGGCGCGUGGCCGAGGACGCCUUCACCCUAGAUUACCGGUACCCGCUGUGCGCCCUGCAGGCCUUCGCCAUCGCCCUCUCCAGUUUCGACGGGAAGCUGGCCUGCGAGUGA